AUGCUGUCCAGGCUCUUUGGGAGUGGACUGGGCCUCAGUGGGCACGUCACUCUGUUACAAAGAAGCCUAUUUAGUACUCGUACACCUUUGCUAAAUGAGAUCAAUGCCAAGUUGCUGACCAUUGUACCACAUGAUGAGGAUAUAGUAGCUUUGGAAAGACAGGAUGAAUUGAUAAGAAGGAGAAGGAAACUGGCGAAAGAAACUACAGUAAUGAAGAAAUUAAAGACUGUGUCACCUGGUCUAAGAUGGUGGAGAAGACCAAUAUAUCCUUAUCUUCACAAGGGAAAGCCCAUGCGUUUCUUAACUGUAGCGAAACGUGGAACAGGUGGUCGUAAUCAUCAUGGUAAGAUUACCGUCCGUCACAGAGGUGGUGGGCACAAAAGAAGAAUAAGACUGGUUGAUUUUUAUCGCAGGAAAGCAGGGAGCCAAACUGUUCAAAGGAUUGAAUACGACCCUGGGAGAUCUGCGCACAUAGCCCUUUUAAAACAUGAUGAAACGGGAGAGCUAUCUUACAUUCUGGCUUGUGAUGGUUUGAGAGAAGGUGACAUCGUUGAGUCAUAUAGACAAGGUGUACCAGAAUCCUUGCUAAAAGAAAUGCACGGUAAGUUGGAUCCAGCUAUCUUGAGUGUCAAAACUGCACAAAGAGGCAAUUGUCUGCCUAUUUCAAUGAUUCCUAUUGGUAGUGUGGUACACAAUGUUGGAAUCACACCUGUUGGGAAGGCUAAAUUCUGUAGAGCUGCUGGUACAUACGCUAGAAUUAUCUCCAAAAUACCAGAAAAAAAGAAGGCAGUUAUUAGACUACAAAGUGGUGAGCAUCGCUAUGUUUCUAUCGAGGCCUGUGCUACCAUGGGUGUAGUCUCUAAUAUUGAACAUCAAAAUGCCUCUCUUGGUAAAGCAGGUAGGUCUAGAUGGUUGGGUAUUAGGCCCACUGUUAGAGGUGUUGCCAUGAACAAAGUUGACCACCCUCACGGUGGUGGCCGUGGUAAAUCUAAAUCAAACAAAUUGUCAAUGUCUCCUUGGGGUCAACUAGCCAAGGGUUACAAGACAAGAAGAGGUAAGAACCAGAAUAGAAUGAAGGUGAAAGAUAGGCCUAGAGGUAAGAAGGAAAGAACUUGA